AUGCCAGGGGGUCGCAGGGGUCCGAGCAGACAGCAAUUGAGCCGCUCUGCCCUGCCCUCCCUGCAAACUCUUGUUGGAGGCAACCUGGGCAAUGGUACAGGCCUCAGGAACAGGAACAGCAGCUCCUUGGGUCUCUCCGCACCACCUUUGUCGGCCGUCAUAACCCCAGAGCCUGUCCGCCACUCGAAGAUUCCCGUGCUGCCUUUGGUCAGCGGCCUGCUGUUUGAGGUCCUGCUUUUUCUUUAUCUACUGGUGGCCUUGUUUGUCCAGUACAUCAACAUCUACAGGACAGUUUGGUGGUACCCGUACAGCCAUCCACCCACGUCUACCUCACUGAGCUUCCAUUUAAUGGACUAUCACCUGGCUAUCUUCAUUACAGUCAUGUGUGCCAGGAGGCUUGUAUGGACUAUAGUUUCAGAGCUUUCUCAUAGCAGCAAUGGGUCACAAAUCUGCUAUUUGGUUUUGAUGGCCGUGCGACUGUGUCUGCUCACCAUUUGCUUUUGGGUACUCUGUUGGACGCUGGUCAACCUUUGCAAGAACCACUCAGUUCUCAACCUGCUCUUCUUGGGAUACCCGUUUGGCGUGUACGUCCCACUUUGCUGUUUCCACCAGGAAGGACAAAAGAGCCAAACGUUGACAGCCGACUGCGAUUACUCUGCCGACCACCAGCAGGCGGAGCUGACGGAAGCCCCUUUCUUUCGUCCGCGGGACUUCCUUUUGUUGUUGCGAGAAAAUCUCCGGGAACAGUUUUCAACACCGCCGCACAUGCCCACGCACACGUGCCCGCCCGACACGGACUCUCACACGCCUGAUCUGAUUCGAUCGGAGGUGGAGGAGCUGAAGAGCGACUUCAACCGGCGGAUUAAGGAAGUGCUCUUCAAUUCGCUGUUCAGUGCUUAUUAUGUCGCCUUCUUGCCUUUAUGUUUUGUACGGAGCACCCAAUACUAUGACAUGCGGUGGUCAUGCGAGCAUAUGAUCAUGGUGUGGUUAAACGCCUUCGUAAUGCUCAUGAGCCAGCUUCUGCCCCCAAACUACUGCGACCUGCUUCAUCGCUCUGCGGCUCACUUGGGCCGAUGGCAGAAGCUGGAGCACGGCUCGUACAGUAAUACGCCACAGCAUGUGUGGUCAGAACAGACAGUUUGGCCUCAAGGGGUGUUGGUACGACAUAGCCGCUGCCUAUAUAAAGCGGUGGGAACGUAUAAUGUCGCUAUGCCCUCUGAUGUUUCUCAUGCAAGAUUUUAUUUCCUGUUCCACAAGCCAUUGCGGAUCCUGAACCUGCUGAUCUGGAUCGAAACUGGUGUGGUUCUGUAUCAGUUAUACUCUCUGUUGCUCUCCGAGCGCUGGAACCACACUCUCUCUCUGGGCCUUAUUCUUUUCUGCAACUACUAUGUCCUAUACAAGCUGCUCAGAGACCGUAUAGUGCUGGGCAAAGCCUACUCGUACCCUCUGUCCGAUAAUUUGGGCUUAAAGCCUCAGUAA